GCGGCUCCCGGGCUAUGUAAGGCAGCCCGGCGGGGGGUCGCGUCAUCGUUAGACUCCGUGUCCCUCCGCUCAGGCGGGCGGCCCCGGAGAGCCAGUGCCUGCGAAGGCGGCGACGGCGGCGCCCCCUCCCCAUCAUGAAUAGAGGCUUCUCCCGAAAGAGCCACACAUUCCUGCCCAAGAUCUUCUUCCGCAAGAUGUCAUCCUCAGGGACCAAGGACAAGCCUGAGAUGCAGUUUCCCUUCCUGCAGGAUGAGGAGACGGUGGGCACAUUGCAAGAGUGCAAGACGCUCUUCAUCCUGCGUGGCCUGCCAGGGAGCGGCAAGUCCACUCUGGCACAGGCCAUCACGGACAGGUACCGUGACAGCACCAAGAUGGUGUCUGCCGACACUUACAAGAUUAUCCCUGCUCCUGCUCGAGGAGGCUCCUCUGAGGAGUACAAGCGGCUGGACAAGGAACUGGCUGACUGCUGCCGCCGGGACAUCCGAGUCCUUGUGCUGGAUGACACCAACCAUGAGCGGGAGCGGCUGGAGCAGCUCUUUGACAUGGCUGACCAGUACCAGUACCAGGUGGUGCUGGUGGAGCCCAAGACAGCAUGGCGGCUGGACUGUGCCCAGCUCAAGGAGAAGAGCCAUUGGCAGCUGUCGGUCGACGAGCUGAAGAAGCUGAAGCCUGGGCUGGAGAAGGACUUCCUGCCACUCUACUUCGGCUGGUUCCUGACCAAGAAGAGUUCCGAGAGCCUCCGCAAAGCCGGCCAAGCCUUCCUGGAUGAGCUGGGGAACCACAAGGCCUUCAAGAAGGAGCUACGACACUUUGUCUCUGGCGAUGAGCCCAGGGAGAAGAUUGACCUGGUCACCUACUUUGGGAAGAGACCCCCGGGUGUGCUGCACUGCACAACCAAAUUCUGUGACUACGGGAAGGCCGCGGGGGCAGACGAGUAUGCCCAGCAGGAUGUGGUGAAGAAGUCUUACUGCAAGGCCUUCACACUGACCAUUUCUGCCCUCUUUGUGACGCCCAAGACGACAGGAGCCCAGGUGGAGCUGAGCGAGCAGGAGCUGCCAUUGUGGCCAAAUGACGUGGACAAGCUGUCUCCCUCGGACAGCCUGCCCCGGGGGAGCCGCGCUCACGUCACCCUAGGCUGCGCGGAUGACGUGGAAGCCGUGCAGACGGGCAUUGACCUCCUGGAGAUUGUGCGGCAGGAGAAGGGGGGCAGCCGAGGUGAGGAGGUGGGUGAGCUAAGCCGGGGCAAGCUCCUCUCCAUGGGCCAUGGGCGCUGGAUGCUGAACCUGGCCAAGAAGCUGAAGGUCAGGGCCAUCUUCACGGGGUACUACGGGAAGGGCAAACCUGUGCCCACACAGGGCAGCCGCAGGGGGGGUGCCUUUCAGUCCUGCACCAUCUACUAAGUGUUCUCACCACCCCUCAUGUGCCCCUCACUCUAUAGAAGGGCAGGGGGGAGGGGGAAACACACUCUGCUUGAUCUUUGUUUGAAGAUGUUUUUUACUCAAAGUUAACUUUCCUGUAACUUUUUAGAAACUUGUAAAAUAACUGUCCCCCUUUUCUGCCCACACUCUUCCCCUCUAACACUCAAGCUCUCAACACAAGGCGGGUGGGCAGGUGCCAUUCAGUAACCUAGACCAAAGCUGGUGAGGCUGGGCCGAGCUGGGCCUGGAGCCGCAGCCACACCCCGAGCCCUGCUUUGUUACUGGUGCCCCCCGUCCCCAGCCCAGGUCCACUGCCCUGCCCAGAGUUGGCUAAUGGGAGAGACACCUCACUCAGUAGUCACACGGGAAGGUCACCGUGGCCGUGGAAGGUGGAACACUGGUGGUGGAUGUGAGGGGGAGGCUCGCUGGGCUUCGAUCCCAUUUCUUAAAUCAGGGUAGCCCCAGGAAGGCUGGAGCUGUUACCAGGGUAGAAAAAGGGGUUUACCGCCCACCGUGGGUCCUCAGUGCCUGUUCCCUCUUUCACAUUGUAACUAGGUAACAGUUGAUAACUAGGAAAGAAAAGAGAAUCAGCAGCAGCCACCCCCUAGGGAGCGGGUGGGUGGCCACCUUUCCGGUGGUGACUGCUGUGUGUAUGGAGACCGGCCUGGGGGGAAGCUCCGGCCUUGCAGUCUGCCCAGCCCACCUCGCCUCCUUGGUGCCUCGGGAGGCCCCUGUGCCUCCUCUAAAGGGGAUUGGUGGGUACUAAGAGCCAAGGGAGUGGACUCCUGGCUGGUCAGGGCCAAGCCCCACCGGGUGCCUCUGGGAAGGGGUUUUUAACAUUGCUACGUGGGCUGUGGUUCCUGGGGUGCCCUCCACUGCCCUCUGCUCAGUAACGGGCUUGCUAAUUAGGUUGUCACUAGACAAAAGUGCUUGGGAUUUGAGUUACUAUCCUGGCUUUGCCCAACCUCAGCAACUUGUAAGACUGAUAAUAAAAUAAAUCGUGUUAAUCCUA